UUUUAUUUUUGCUCAAAAUGGCUUUAAGAACCUUAACAUUGCUUCGUUAUUGGAAUAAAAUACAAACAAGAUGCAAUACAGUUCAUGCAAUAUGUAAUAAAAUUGGUAAUCGUGAAAUUCUUGGCAAUUACACUUUUGCAGAACCAACUUAUAUAGAUCAUUGGGUUUUUCCUUUAUCCACACUUAGAUACAAAGAAAUUACACCAAACAUUCAGACUUUACGAAAUAAAGAAAAAGGAGAUUGGAGACACCUGUCUAUUGCAGAAAAGAAACUUUUGUAUAGAGCAAGUUUCAGGCAAACUUAUGCCGAAUUUAGUGCAAAAACUGGUGAAUGGAAAGUUAUUCUAGGAGUCGUAUUAAUGCAUUGCACAGUAUCUCUGUGGAUAUAUCUCUAUAUAUUAUAUUACAUUAAUUCAUCACUUCCUGUUUCGUUCAAGAAAGAUUAUCUUCUUGCAAAAUAUGACCGUUUAGACGCAUUGAAUACGCAUGCUUGGAGAAACUUGACCAGUAAUCGAUAAAAAUAAAAACUUAUAGUAAGUUCCUAUAGUAGUUUAAAUUAAUAACUGUGCUAUAGA